CCCGCCGCCGUCGGGCUGACCCUGCGCUUUUGGAGAGGCGGGCGGGCAGGCGCUCGGGUCCUUUGUGGCCGGGAAGAGAGCGUCUCGUGUGGCCGCUCCUGUUGCUCCUCCUGUGACCUGGGGGUUGCGAAGAGGGCUAGGAAAGCCCCACGGUCUCCGCAGGAAUUCUGCGUUUUGCUAAUCAGAACAAACUGUGGGAGUAGGCCUGCUGAUACCCAUUUCCGGCAUUGCUCCAGGGUGGGACUAUGGCUGCCCGGAACGUAUUGGUGACUGGCUGCUCCUCUGGUAUCGGGCUGGCCCUGGCCUUGCGUCUGGCCAGAGAUGAGCUGAAGCGCUUCAGAGUUAUUGCCACAAUGAGGAAUCUGGAGAAGAGCCAAGCCCUGAAGAGGCAAGCUGGGCCUGUGCUGGAGAAAACUCUGGAAAUUAAGGAGUUGGAUGUGACCAGCCAAGAGUCAAUCCGGCGAUGCGUGGACAGCAUCCCACAGCGCAGGGUGGAUGUGCUUGUGAACAAUGCUGGAAUAGGAAUGAUUGGUCCAGUAGAAAGCCAGAGCAUGGCCUCAGUACAGCGUCUCUUUGACACCAACUUCUUUGGCUUGGUGCGCCUUAUCCAGGAAGUCUUCCCCGACAUGAAGCGCCAACAGCAGGGACACAUCGUUGUGAUGAGCAGUGUCCUGGGCUUGCAAGGUCUUCUAUUCAAUGAUAUCUACUCUGCCUCUAAAUUUGCUGUGGAAGGUUUCUGUGAGAGCCUGGCUUUGCAAGCCUUGAAAUUUGGGGUCAACAUCAGUUUGAUUGAACCGGGGCCAGUAAUAACUGAGUUUGAGAGAAAACUCUAUGAAGAGGCAGCCAGUAUGAAUCUCUCUACGGCGGAUAAAGAGACAUUGGAUAUAUUUCAAGGCUUCUACUUAGCCUACUCAAAGGAUGUCUUCAAUGCACUGGGGCAGUCCCCAGAAGAAGUGGCAGAGCAUACUAUGAAAGUGAUCACCUCAGAGAAGCCUCCAUUUCGAUAUCAAACCAAUAGUCUCUACACUCCCAUCACCACCCUCAAACAUGCUGAUCCUAGUGGGAAUCUGCCUAUCAAUGCCUUCCAUCAAAUGAUUUUUCAGCAUGAUAGGCUCUUCAAAGCUAGCCUCAGCCUCCUCAAGAUGCUGCAAUGGAGGAAACGGCGGGACAUGGACUAUAACAAGUCCCCCUGAGGAGAAGUGGCCGCCCCACCUCAGAGCCACUCGCUUCCUUGAUAUAGGAGAACUCAGGCUUUCUAGAGAAUUUAGUAUUGAUUCCAACCCUAACUAGAGGGUUGUAUAUACACCUUAGAUGUGGAGGCAACCUUACUGUGAGACUGCGUGGGCAAACUCUGCCUUGCACACUCAAUUCUGGAAGCGUAUGGACAAACAAGCCUAAUCCAUGGGCUAUAAUCCACCGGAAGAUGAUCCUCUCUUAUCCUUUUAAUUUCUUUCCAUAUGUUUUGUGGAAAAGAUCUGUCCAAUGGGUUUAUAUGUGUCAGGAAGUGAGAUGCCAUGUAGAUACUCUGUCUCUCUCUUUUUGGCUCAGGCACAAGAAUAUCUUAAGAGCUGCAAAACAAUUGGCUUCACCUGAGAGGCCCAAGUCUACUAGUCAGUGGUGAUAAGCAAACAAUCAAAUAUUUCUGUGUUCUGCAUGGGACUUACCUCAUUAUCCUGUUCUCUCUGAAACAUUUAAGAAUUCAUUGCCAGAAGUGACCUGAGUUAUUAUCUAGUCUAACCUUAGGCAACCUGCACAAUUUGGCUGGGUGAUAAUGUUUUGUUCAUAAUUUUUCAUGAGCAUUUUGAAAGUGGAUUUAGGGGAGAGGAGAUUAGCCCCACCCAGGGCCAUGAAUAACUUUCAAGGAAGGGUCUGUGGCCAGCUUCCAUCACCUCCUGCUUGAUACCUGUAACUAUAGAUGCCGGAGUUUAGAAUUGAGACCUUCUGUUUCCUGCUGUGGCACUUUUCUUGAAUCCAAAAUAGGGCCUUUGAUAUGUUGUCUGAAUAAUGCCCAGAAUUUUACACAGAAAACAUCCUCAUUUUAUAUAAUGUAUAGGCUGACUUGCAGAUCUGUCUAUUCUUCCCCAGAAUAUAGCAGAAAGUCUAUGACCUUAAUUGGACAGCCUUACAGUGAGCUCCUGUCACUCAUCCCUGCUCCUGCCAACCUAGCCGUUCGAAAGCAUGUAAAACUGUGAAUAGAUAAAU